AUGCGGGUUCUUCCAGGACGAGUCAAGUCGGAUCCCCGAUCGCUGGCAGCCGCUGAGUGGGAAGGAGACCACUACAUCGCCUAUGUCUCAGGGAAAGCUUUGGUUAUAUCCAGCAACACUCGAGACCUCAUCCAAACUUUAUAUCAUGACGAACAUCUCCAAGUUUUAGCAUUCGACGAGGGCACUGGCAAGAUCGCCGUCGCCUUGCCCAGUUGUAUCCACGUUUACUCUCCCUCCACCACUUUCAGUAAAACAGCAAAAUGGGAGUCUUACGUCCGAAUUACCCUUGAAAAUCACGACGGCACCGUACAUUCGUUAUCAUGGGGCGCGAACUCGGAGCUAUUGGUCGCCGCUGCCGGCCUUCAUCUAUGGGAUGUAAGGACCACCGAUGCCCGAGAAAUAUGGCACAAGGAGCUGGCAAACCCGGUAGAUCUGGCAUCAUUCUCAUACGAUGCUACUUUCAUCGCCUCAACCAGCACAUGGAACCGCUUCGUCAAAUUGUGGAGAAGGCAGGCGUAUGCUCUCGGAGAAGCCGAAUUCGAUUUCUCCUACCUUCCUCACCCUCACGUCGUCACAUCGCUAGUCUGGAAGAAGCCCUUCCAUCGAGAAAUUGCUGCCGAAAAUAUUCUCUAUACCUUUGCUGCCGAUGGGGUUUUCCGAGUCUGGUCGCCUCUUGAUCCUCACGAAGUCUAUCCGUUUCAACUGUGCACCCUCCUCGACCUUGGAAGCCCCACAUAUCAACCCGCUUUGGCCCAGCCUCCCCAAGCAGCCCAUGGAUUCGAACUAGACGCUGUAAUCUCCCUCAUAGAUACGAAGGUCUUUACAGUCGCGACUGAGCAAGCAGUCCUUCAUAUCGAACAAGAUGCAGAAUCUAAACAACAACUGCAAAAUCUAGUCGACAUUGCGAAGAGAAGCUCUGAAGUGCUCCUGAUGUUCCAUAGUUCCGGUUAUCUAUCGGCAUGGGGCAUAGAAAACAGCGGAAGCAAGUCCAAGCGGUCUGUUAAUGUUUUCAGUAUUGUCCAUCAGGUUGAGCUUGAUUGGAAAUUUGCAACAGAUUGUGGUGGGCCGAGAAGUAUUUUGACCCUCGCUAGUCAAAAAGCUGCUGCUGGCUUAGAGUUGGCUGUUCAGUUUUCCAAUGGCGAAAUCGGUUGGUUCGACGUUAGCAUCGAAGAUCUACUUGACCCGACAUCCAGCAUCUGCCAGCUUAAAGACAGAAUAAGUUGGUCUGGGCAUUUGGAACCCAUUAACCAUUUAAAGCGUACGGCAAGAGGUAAUUCUUUGCUUUCCUCGUCAAAGGAAUGGGAACAUGUUCUCUGGCGGCGAACUCUCCAGGACGAUAUGCCAUAUCUGGAGAGGCAAUCUCUGAUCAAUAUAUCUGGGGAAGGAAGAGUUCUCAAAACUCUGAUACUACCAAAUGGGUGGUACGUUGUAACUCUUCAUCCGGACUCGGUUUGUCUGUGGGAUUGCCGGAAUGCAUCUGCUGUGGAAUUAUCUAGGUGUCCCAUCGAACUCUCAGCAAAACCUUUCUCCUUAAUCCUCCUCCCAGAAUAUGAAACUUUGGAAACUGUCUAUCAUGUGUUUGUGAUCGACAAGUCUCUUCACGGUACGGUUUUUGCAGUAAAGAUUCCUCGGCUCCGUCGAAGGAGCAGUAUAUCGUCAGUCAGAUCUCGGCCGGAGCACUCCUAUGGCACCAUCACAGAACACUCUACUUUCAAUUUACCCGCGGAUGAUGACAUAGCUAUGUUGGUCCCGGUAGAUCCAGUGGGAUGGAACUUCACAGUGUCCGAUAACCUUGAUUCGUUCAACCGUGAUGUUGCUGUAUCUAUAACAUCAAAAGGCCUAGUACAAUCAUGGACAGCGAGAAUGAACCCUAACUCGAAAGAGGUCCAAUGGUUGCAAACAUCUUCACUGGAAACACUUCUUACCGAGCCAUCACUUAUUGGGGGCAGUAGCAUGCAUAAAGUUGCAGUUAUUGAUAAUCAAAAAACCUUGCUUACCAUCUGGGAUACCAGAAACGCUCAACUGGAGCACAAAUUCGGGUUUGAUGAAGGAGAAUACGUUCGAGACCUCGAUUGGACUUGUACACCUGACUCCCAAAGUAUCCUUGCUGUGGGCUUCGCCCACAAAGUUAUUCUUUUUUCACAACUUCGGUAUGACUACCUGAACGCGGGCCCCGCCUGGGCUCCAUUCCGUGAAUUUAACACUAUUAGCGUGACUCCACAUCACAUUGGGGAUUCUAUCUGGCUCUCUGAUGGCGCUUUAGUCAUCGGUUGUGGGAAUCAGUUGUUCAUUCACCCGAAGAAUAUUAGACCUGAAGACGCCGAUGAUCCGUCCGUUCAGAGUCUUUGGACUCCAGCUGGACACGAUUCGCGGAUGGAAACAAUAUUCGACUUAGUUUCCCGAUUGAAUGGUCCCCUUCCACCUUACCAUCCUCAGUUCCUGCAACAGUGCGUUCUCGCUGGGAAGAUGAAAUUAGCCAAGCAAAUUGUCGUAGAACUCGCAUAUAACACUAAAGACAAGGACAUGGCGCAAGAAAUCGAAAGUACUUUAGGCAUUUCUCCCGAAGAUUUUCACAAUAUUGACGAGAAUGAUCUCAACGACGACGGCCCGAGGCUCGUGAACGGAUUCUCUCGGCCUGAUUUUGACCAAAUUCUUUGUUCGGAACUUGUUUCCCAGCUCAAGGAAGUCUCGAUACCUUACCUUUCCAGGAAAGAACAAAUGUCACUGGCCGGAAUUGUCGAGUCCAUGUCCGAGGAAUGGCUCCAUAGGCAGUCCUUAGAUGAGUGGGGAGUAAGAUACUUGCUCUUCUUCAAGCACUAUGCCCUUCAAAAAUCCAAUUUCUAUUCCCGUCCGUCCGGUGUCUCCUUUAGGGAAAUCUCCUGGGCCUUCCAAAGUGAGACCCAGGAAAUACUGGUGGAUUUGGUUACAAAAACAUACCAGAACAAAAUGCAAUGGAGCCAGGCACGGGAUGCAGGAUUCUUUAUGUGGCUGAAAGACCCUACUUCCCUAAAAGUACACUUUGAGACCCUGGCGAGAAACCAGUACAUGAGUAAGGAAGAACGGGACCCUGUGGAUUGUUCUCUAUAUUAUCUCGCCCUUCGCAAGAAGACAGUUCUCGUCGGAUUGUGGAGGAUAGCCCAUUGGAACAAGGAACAAGGUGCAACUAUGAAACUUUUGAGCAACAACUUUGAGGACCCCAAAUGGAAAACGAUUGCAGCGAAGAAUGCUUAUGCAUUGCUUGGGAAACAACGGUUCGAAUACGCAGCCGCGUUCUUCCUUUUAGCGGAUCGGCCAAAGGAUGCUGUCAACGUCUGUUUCACACAAAUGAACGACGUUCAACUCGCCAUUGCAAUUGCGAGGGUUUAUGAUGGGGAUGAAGGACCAGUCCUGAGGGAAUUGCUUGAGGAAAAAGUCCUUCCGCUUGCUGCUAGAGAUGGUAAUAAAUGGCUCGCAUCGUGGGCUUUUUGGUUGCUAGAUCACAAGGACCUUGCAGUCCGUUCGCUCAUGAUGCCAAUAAAUUCCCUGAUCACGAAGACAGAAUCACCCGGUGUAGGAAAGAUCUUCUUAGCUGAUGAUCCCGCUCUCGUGAUACUUUACAAAUUGAUCCGCGAUAAGACGUUGAAGAGCUUGAGGGGUGCUGAGAAGAUACCGAAAGGCGCAGAAUUCGAAUUUGUCCUUCAUUGUGCAAGGCUCUACGAUCGAAUGGGCUGUGACGUCCUCGCCUUGGACCUGGUGAAAAACUGGACGUUCUUGGACACUAGUCUCAAGACUAGUGGCCUCCUCGACGUGAGAAUGAAAUUGAGCAAGAGGAGGAGCUCAUACAUCGUAAACGAUAUGGUACACGACUUUAAAAUCGAGGAUCAUCUACCAAAGCAACCCGAGAAAAGCAACCUUGUCAAGCCACCCGCAGUCGCAUUUUCUGAGCCUACUAUGGACAGUUUUAGCCAUUUCGAUUUUUAA